AUGAUUGGACGACCAGUUGUCUCAGUAGCUUUAGUUCCUAAUAACAAUAAUAAUAAUCCACCUCCAUAUAUACCUAACCCUAUGGCAAUCAACACCAAUGUAAUCAGAGAUUAUGAAUGCAUCAUUUGUCAAAAUUUAUCAGAAAACCCAUGUGUACAUAAGGAAGACACUAGUUGUAAAGUUAUGUUUUGUAGUUCCUGCCUUUUAGAUUACCAGAAUCAAAAUAACUCUGAGUGUCCCGCAAGAUGUGGUCUACCCUUCAAUCGCAGCCAACUACGAUAUACCGGUCCAAUCUCAUUCAACGCAUUUAGAAAGAAAAUGGUACAAUGUCCGGAUCAAAAAUGUAAUCAAAUUAUGACUGUACGAAAGUACAAAAUUCAUGUUCAAAGGAAACACCAAGCCAGUUGGAUCUGA